AUGCGAGGCUUCAUGGACGCAUCAUUCUCCCGGUCAUGGUCGCCGGCCAGUCGGCCUACCGUGAAUACCUCCAUAUCCAACGGCCAUCCAUCUCUAUCGACUUCAUCCGAGAACAGUCCGCAUCUUGGGUCAAUGCCGCCGUCGGCCCAGUCGUCACCAUGGGCACCUAAUGCGCCUCUUGCUCAAACCCAGUCUUCCUCCCAUUUCCUGCUCUCUUCCAGUCCGCGCAAUUCACUCAAUUCUGAACAGAGCAACCCAGUCAAUUCCUUACCGCCAGAGUGGAGCAAUAUCUUUUCUGCUCCGCUCAAUCCAGCAGUUUUUGCGACGCUGGCCGCGAACGGCGUCCUGGGCCCUGUGUCCCCGCCUCUUCCAGGCCAUUCAGCAAGUUUGCCCACGAACCCUUUCCAUGCCAACUUUCCUCCUCCAAACUCGAGACCACGGCUCCCUAACAUUGAUGUGACGGGCCAGCCAAGCGCCACAGGUCAGUGGUCUGAGGUGUCUGUCUCUUAUACUUCCCCCUCCAACAUGUCUUCCCGACCGUCUCUCCCACGCUCAGCCUCUUCUCUGAGCAACGUCGCUGCUAAAUCCAAGGCAUCUACAAGCGUUGGUACAUCUUCGAAACUGUCGCGACCGACCGACACUGUCCCCAGGCAUCCCAACUUCACUGACGAACGUCGUCGUGCGGCCGGCCGAAACGUCCUAGUUAACGCAAUUCCUAUAGGUCGUACAGAUGGCGGUCCCAUAUCCUCCAAUUUUGAUUCAGCGCCCAAUGGUCGGUCAGGUGCACUUAAUUCGCCGCUGGAUUACUCUGUAGGACUUGCAUUUCCAGGUGAGCGUUCAAAUACGAGACUUCCCCCCUCCCUAUGGAUGUCUCCGGCUUCCACCGCCCCAGUAACCUCUACGAUGCAUGAUUCGCUAAAUCGUCCCCCAAUAUCUGCUGCCACAGACACUUCAACUUCAAGCCGGUCGGCAUUCCCUCAGUCACCCAUCUCACCCGCCUCUCCGUCUGAUUCUAAAUCCACCUUCUUCUCAGACAUUCUCUCAGAUGGGAUAUUUGGGCCACAGGGUACAUCGCAGGCAGCUAGCCCUUUCACCUCACCUCCAAUGUCUGGUUCACCGGAUUUACUUCCUUCCAGCAUACCAGAUCAAGAUCCUGAGCAGUUAGCCAAAGAAGACCCCCUCGCGACUCAAGUCUGGAAAAUGUAUGCGCGAACGAAAGCAACUUUGCCUCAUGCGCAGCGGAUGGAGAACCUCACUUGGCGGAUGAUGGCGCUGGCCUUGAAGAAGAAGAAGGAAGAGGAAGACAGGGAGAAGCAGAGUCCUAUAUCGGUUAAGACUGAAGUGACGUCUCCAUCUGAGCUUGGACAACAUGCGUCCUCGGAAACUCCUUCCGGAGAGACUCCCCAGACCAAGGAGCCUGAUGAGCGUGGACGCAGAAUAGAUAAAGGAAAAGCCAAAGUUCGAGUCGUAGGCUUCGACGGGGCCAAUCAGGAUGGUGAAGAACAAGAUGUCGUUCCUAUGGACUGGAGAUCAAUAAGCCGAUCCAGAUCUCGGAUAUCCAUGGACUGGCGACCAAGCAGUCGUUCACGUUCGCGGCCGCCUGAAUCUGCGGACACGUUCGAAGGCAUGAUGAUGGCACCAUUCGAGUCUCGUUUUGCGUUUCCAACAAUAGGUCAUGGAUCAUUACCUGAUUCGUUCAAGGUACCCUCUUCAAAGCCCACAGGAGCAUCAAUGCUCUCGGCUACACGACGUAGUCCCCCCCAGAGGAGCACUGAACUUCCUUCUGUUUACGAAGAACAUGCGGAUGCAGAUUCGCGGUAUUUGAACAAUCUUAACUUCAAUCACCCCAUGUCGAGCUUUGAUUCUCCUGCCUUUGGCCCUUCUUCCCUCCCAUCCUUUGGCCUUCAUGGCCUUCCCCGUCUUCCCUCUGGUAACUCUCCGGAGCCUUCUUUCCCUCGACACGUUCGCAAGACGAGCUUUGAUCACACGGUAUCCAAAGACAACAUCCUCUCUGGUUUGAAAGGCCGUCAUCAAGUCAAUGGAAAGCCUCUCUCUCCAGAUAGCUUAGCAGGCACGAAACGCCCUGCGGAUGCGCCCCAUGCCGAAAGCAUGCUUCGUGCUGAUCCUUCCGACGUCGAGGGAACUCUAUUACCCAACUCCCACUCGCUAGCGCAAGAGGGCUCCGCGAACGACAAUUUCGAAAGCUCCAGUCCGUUUCCUACCUCCUCAUUCCAUUUCUCAUUCCCACCUUACGACGGUAUGUUCGAUAUCCCGGGUGCCGGAGCUUCGGGGGAUAUCACUCCCAUGCUCCCUUCUGCCGACGGAAGCAAUACAGGUGAAGGUCAAUACCAUCGCUCCACAAGGUCUUCUAUUAGUGGAGCGCCAUUCCACCCUAGCUCUGUUGGCUCUGCGGGAGAAGGCCUUUCGACUUCAUCUGCCCUGGCUGACAAGUUUGGUCAGUUGAAUGCGAAUAACGACGAUUCGACCCUGGACUAUCAGCUAAUGCGAUUGGUGUAUCCUACUUUAGACCAAUCCGGAUCUAUGUCUCAGAGUCCUUACACCCACGUAGAUCCAACGCAGAUUCUUAAUGUCGGAGAUGGAUAUCCAGCAUUCCAUGCUAGCCCUUCCAGUGAUGGCUGGGGUGGCGGGGUUGGCUCGAGUUCGAACGCUUCCCCCGAGCCUUAUAAUGCGUCGAAUGCAUCCACACCGCCUUCAGCGGAGGGUGUUGCGGAGGGAAUGCGAGGUACCGGUAGGAAGUACAUUUCUCUGAAGGGAAGUGACCACCAGAGGAAGAAGUCAUUGCCUGGCGCUGUAACAUCACCGAAGCUAGGAUUGCGAUCAUCGACUAGCACACCUGAUCUUUCGGACAACCGAGAUGGGGCUAAUGGGAAAGGUGGAGAUGGCGACACUCCGACGCUAUGUACAAAUUGCCAGACAACUAAUACGCCAUUAUGGCGGAGGGACCCUGAAGGGCAACCGCUUUGUAAUGCUUGUGGCCUAUUUUAUAAACUCCAUGGUGUUGUACGACCGCUCUCGUUGAAGACGGAUGUAAUUAAGAAGAGGAAUCGAGCAUCAGGUGCACCUAGUAGUAGCUCACGAAAAGGUACAGGUCUGACGAAGAUUGCAUCUUCUACGACACGACCGCGGUCAUCUUCGAAUGCAGCGGCAUCUGGGAUGAGUGCGGCUUCACGGGUAACGCCCAAUCGAGCAAACUCAUCUGGAGGAAGUUCGCUAGCAAUGAAACGACAGCGACGGACUUCUACUAGCAUGCAGACCUCGACGUCCCGUAAGGGAGACUGA